AUGUCUUCCUUGUUAUACUCUACAUCCUACAAAUUUAUUACGCAAACAAUGGUUAAUCUAAUGUUAGAUUCAAUUUCUACUUUAACAGCAGUUGUAGCGAAACCAUGUGGACGUCCUUCAUGUAAUAUUAAAUUGCAAAAAGAACAACAGAUACAUAGAACUAAGCGUCCACAACCGAAUGAACAAUUCGAAGAUGAUCAAUUAUUACAAACAUAUGAAGUACUGGAUGGUUAUGAAGUUGAAAAACAAGGUUAUACUAAUAAAUGUAAAAAGAUGAUGCGUUGCCUAUCGUUACCUUUGGGAUCUGGUAAAGAUGUACCCGAUUGUAAUUUAUUUGAGCAUCGUUUGAGUAGACAACAUCAAAAAUGCCUUAUGGCAAGUAAUCAUCGUUACAUUACGAUGCUUCAUUCAGAUAACGAUUCGAGUAUAGAGAUGACUGAUACUUCGACCAUUUCACCUUCCAUAGCGAUCAAGGAUUUUUAUGAAAAGUAUACUAAAUUAUAUGAAACAUUAACAAUUCUCACAGGUGAAAUACAGACUCUUACGUCCGACAAAACACAAUUGACAACAGAGCUAUCUAAUUUGAAAUCAUCUGUUGAUUUCGCUCAUCAAGAACAGCUGAAAUUAAAACAAUCGGAACAAGAAAAAGAUGCAUUCAUCAACGGGAUGCAAGUGAAUCAAGAAAUUUUGCAGCAAACUCUGACAGAUUUAACUCAAAAUAUAGAAAAUGCACAAUCAACAUCGUAUGAUGGCACAUUUACUUGGAAAAUUAAGAAUGUUGCAGAGCUGACGAUGCAUGCUCAAUCAGGACGACAACCGAGUAUUUAUUCUUCUCCAUUUUACUCAUCUUCAACAGGUUAUAAAAUGUGUAUGCGUGCAUAUCUAAAUGGAGAUGGUAAUGCCUGUAGAACACAUUUAUCACUUUUCUUUGUUGUGAUGCGCGGUGAAUACGAUGCCAUUUUAAAAUGGCCAUUUCAUUUCAAGGUCACGUUUUGUAUGUUUGAUCAGUCUGGACAACAACGUCAUGUCAUCGAUUCAUUUCGUCCUGACGUAAAAUCAAAUUCAUUUCAGAUACCCAAAACACAAAUGAACAUUGCCUCAGGCAUCCCGAAAUUCUUUCCGUUACCGACGUUGCAACAAGACGGAAAUAAUUAUGUGAAAGAUGACACACUCUUCAUCAAAUGUAUUGUGGAUUUCACCGAUCUCCCGAAAAUGUUGUUACCCUACUGGUUAAACUUAAAUCCGGGACUGCCGACUGACGUGCAGAACAAAAUGAUCAAGACUGAAGCUGAACGAAGACAAGAAAAUCAGCAGCAAUUGCCUAUAUCCACAUCAACUCCAUGCGGUUAA